AUGUCCAAUCACAAACCAGGUCUUUCGGGGAUAAACCAUAACCAGUUGUCAAGCCACCAAAACCUUGACUCCCUUAAUAUCACUGGCAUUAGUAAUAACAAUAACAACGACAACAACAAUAACAACAACGAUAACUCAAGUCAGGUAUUUACAGUUAUGGGUAAUGGGAUCCCUGUUGACGAUACUCCAAGGGAGUUACUAGAACAGCUUGUUUACUUGGAUGAUUUCUUACAGCAAACAGACACUGGUUCCGGACAGGAAGCUGACUUGGACCUAUCCUUAUUUGCUGACGAGCAUUUUAUUUUUCCAGAUGAGGACAAGCCUGCUCAAGCAUCCUCUUCCGAUGUGUCUGGUAAAGAUAACGGUAAAGAUCAUAAUGGUGAUAAGAAUCAUGGACGUGAUAGCCAUAGAGACGAUCAAAAAACCAAUGAUAAUGAUUCUAAUAGGUUGACAUUCAAUUAUGUGUCGUUCAACCAUGUCACGCCAGAAAAUUCGUCAGUACCCACUCCAAUACCUCAAACUCACUACCAAAAUCUUUCAAAGAGAUAUAAUAACACCAAACAGAAGUUCAUUUAUCAAGAGUCAAUGAGUCAACAUAUGUCUGCUAUCCCUUCAACUAUAAACGAACUAUUAGGGAAGAACACUGAUAAUGAUAAUGAUGCCAUUACCCGCACGGGUGAUGACAACCACAACAAAAUUAACAAAAACAACAACAACAACAACAACAACAACAACAAUAAUAAUAAUAAUAGCAGUAAUAAUAUUAGUAAUAAUAACAUCAACAGCAGAGGUAAUGGCAUCAGUGACAAUAACCACAUUAUUAGUAACAACUUGGAUUCCGCUGCUUCUUCCAAUUUAUCAAAUUCGAGUAGAUCAAACACUGUAGUAAGUCAAGAAGCUAGGAAAAUCCAAGUACCACAAGGAGCUCAGAAUACUUUGGUGGCAGCUGGUUUGUCCCAAACUCAAAUUGAUGCACUUGCUAGUUUAGUUGCUCAACACAAACCAGAAUUAGGCAGAUCUCAGUCUCAGAAACAUCAACAUCCAUCUCCAUUGCAAGUGCAGCAAACUCAGUACUAUUCUCCUUCAAACACUUCUCAACCUAGUACCCCGCAGACACUUCAAGGAUUGCAGGCGUUUCCAGGGGCAAGUGUAUCAAAUACACAAAUACCACAACAACAAGUUCAGCAACAUCAAUUACAAUCUAGUUUAUUAGCGCAACUACAACCACCCCAGCAACAAGUUAAUGGAUUGUUGGUCAAUUUAUUAGCCCAAACAUUGGCGAAUGCGAUUAAUCCUAUCAAUAAUAUCCAACAACAACAACAGCAGCAGCAGCAGCAAAGCCUGCAAACCAAUGUAGUGGGACAGUUGCUCAGCGGUAUCCUGGGCGCAGCACAACCACAAAUACAACACUUCGACGAGUCUGUAUUAAAUCAACCACAACCACAACAUUCGCAGCAGCAACAGGUACAUGAUCUUUCUUUUCAACAGCAGCAACAACAACUUACAGCUUCUACUGCCAAUAAUUCAAUUAUAUCCAGCAAAAAGAAUCCGAUAAUGUUUAAAAAUUCACAUUUAGAUAUAGGGAAGAAUUCUAAUGUCCCAGUUGUUCGUACAUCAACAUCAUCAAUCGAUUCAAGUGAUUCACCAAUAAAAACAGAGAAGCGUGGUCAUGCACACGACAACGAGUCACCGAAACCAGACAAACCCGAGAAUGAGUCAAGCGAGACCAGAUCUGUUAAAGGAACAGCAUCUGUUAGGUUCAGACAAAAAAAGAAACAGAAGGAAUUAGAGAUGGAAAAAGAUUUACAUAAUGCAAAGGAGAAAAUAACAGAAUUGCAGGCUCGCAUUGACAAGCUUGAAAUGGAAAACAAAAUUCUACACAACCUAGUUGUUGAGAAGAGAGAACAAAGGGAUAUGGAUGAGGUUGAAAGGAUAAGAAAGAAGGCCAGACUGGAGGUCAAGAAAUAA